AGAAAUAGUCUCAUGAGCUCACCAAAUGAUUAUUCACUGAAGAGGUGGGUUGGACACACGCUCUCUGUGUCCUGUAUAUGACAGUCUCCAUAGAUACCUGCUGUGAGUGUGCAUGCAUAUUGAAAAAACAAGGAGGAAAAACAACCAAGGAUACAAAUAGGUAUGUUAUUCUGUUCUGAUGAUUAUGUAAUUGUAAAUUAGUAAUAAACAACAUUAUUGGCACGUUAAUCUCAAUUAAUAGCAGGCUACUAUGAAUAUUUCCUCUUAAUGAAUGAGUAAACACUACAUAACCCUUUCUGCAACAGAGGCUGCUCGACUGUCAAGUUACCAAGCCUGAAUGAAGAUUAUAGCAACAGAAAAAACAUACAACAUUGUUUCCGUGUUGUUGUGCCACUCUGACGUGCUCCGUUCAAACUCUCUGGUUCGUGUGAAAUUGUUUUGUAUAAGGGCAGGACAAUCUGCAGUUGAGUACACAGUAUCUCAACUCACUUUCCAGAGCUCUCGUGAAUAUGGCUAAUUGGAGAGGAGAAAGACGAAGCCUUUCACCUUCAGAUUUCUGGAAUGACCAGGAAUGGGACACUGAACUGGGCCGUAGAUCUUUCCGACACACUCUUAGGUCUCUAAGCCCCCUCGCUCUCUCGGAUCUUGACUUUUGGGAUAGUAGAUCUCUUUUUAAAGCUCGGAAAUCUCCAGCAUGGAGCUGUAUGGGCUUACCUGGAUUGACUCUCCGCCCAAAAAUCAGCACCAGCACUCUUGGCAGAGAGAAGGGCUCUUUGGGCAUGACGAGAUGGUCAUCUGCAUCUCGCUUGGCUCCAGAAGGAGCUCCACAAUCUCACUCUUCUUCUGAGGACUUUGAGCUCAGAGCUGGCCUGGAGGAAAGCAGCAUGAGGAGGGCAGAGCUCAUCCAGAGGCUCAGAGAGGCCAAAGGUCACUUGGACACUCAGACUGACCUUUUGAAAACCAAAGGGUCUCAGCUUCAACAAAACCAGCACAUCUCAAACAACCUGGAAUUGAAGCACAAGCAACUGUCUGAAGCAGUGGGUGUUCUUGAACAAGACAAGGAAGCUGCAGAACUGAGCCGCUUCGAGGAGAGCCGCCGUCGAGGGGAAUUACACGACAAAGUUGUGCAGCUUGAGUUGGACAUUUUGAAGAUGAGAUCGAACCUAGAGAGAAGGACUCCACCAACAUCCCCAAACCCACCCCAAACACUGCCUGCUACAAAAGACCAAGUCCUCAGAGAGGGACAGAGGAAGGUGGACAAUGAGAUAAAGAAGCUCAGAGAAGCUCUAAGAAAGGCAGAGGAGAAAACAGGCGACCUAAAAUACGAGAACGACAGUGCAUUGAGAAGACUCUGUUCCUCUGAAGAGGGUAAGCAAGAGGCAAUAAAGCAAGCAGAAGAGUUGGAACAAAGACUGAGCAUCUCCGUCCAGACCCAGGCAGAGCUAGAGGACCAGCUGAACGAGUCCCGCAGUCGCCUGGGGCAAAUGGAGCUGGAAAAAGACCUGUUUUCCACUAAGACACAGAGACUAGAAGACAAUCUGAAUGACUUUAAGGUCAAACUAUCUGGAGCUUUAAUGGACAAAGAACGUCUUGUCCAGGAGAAAGCAGAGCUUCAUCAGAGGAUUCAGACUCUGGAUCUGCAGUUGCAGAGGGAACAGAAGAGCAAACAGGGCAUCAAUGAGCAAGUGUGUGAACUCCAUUCAGAGAUAUCUCAAGCUAAGAGCCAGGCCAACAAACAGAAGAUAGAAACCAUGCUGAUGAAGGAGGAGUUGCUUUCCAUUAAAGAGUUGAAUGAAAAGCUGUCGUCGGAUCUAAACAAAGCUACCAUGAGGCUGCAGGUGACCCUUAACCAGCUACACGAGCUGGAGGCACAGAAACUGAUCCAGACCAAUCAGAUCGCGGCACUGGAGACUGAGCGCUUGCAGCUGAUUGGAGAGAAGGAGGAACUGAGGAAAACAUUUAAUGAUGGACUUCACGAGAAAAUUAGAGAACUAGGAGAGAGAUACCAACACAGGGAACUGCAAGGCAAUGUGGAGCAAGAAAAUCAUACUCUGCAAUUAAAAUGUCGAGACUUAGAAAAAAAAGUCCAAAUCUUGGAGGCUGAGUAUAAGCAAAAAGAGGAGGAGCAUCAGUGUAUGAGGGCGGAGUUUGAGCGGGAGAAGGAGGAGUUAAGGAAAGUGGCCGCUCACUGGAACGAGAGAUGGCUGGAUGUGGCAAUGACGUUGUGUUCGACACAGGAAGAACUUGAUGAGCUCAGGAGUCAACAGCAUGUGAAUAACAAACGAGAGGCUGAUGUUUUGGAAGUGCCACUAGAUGACUGCAGGCAACAGAUAGAGCCUGAGAUGGACAGAAGCCAUGGGCACCAGAGACUCAUGGGUAGCUCUGUGUCUCUUGAAGACAUGGAAGGAGAGUUAGAGCAGGAGCUGCUGAGGGUGAGGAACAUGCUGAAGAUCAGAGACACUGAGCUGGAGGAACAGCUACAGGAGCUGAAGUCUGCUCGCGCUCAGGUGUCACGACAGAGCGGUGAAGUCCAGAGGCUGGAGCAGCUACUGGCAGAGAGAGAUCAAGAAAUGAAAAAGAAAGAUCAAGAUCUAAAGAACCUGGAGAUACAGCUGAUAACAGAGAAAGAAGAGGCUCAGAUCAAGAUAUCCGCCCUGGAGCAGGAGAUUUUUGGACAUAAAGGGCUUCAGUCGAGAGAGGGAGUGGUCAGUGGAUCCAGUCCUGAGUCACUGAAGGCUUUGCUAGAAGAAAGCAAGAGGCGAGGUAAAACGCUUGAGCAGGACAGAGACCAAGCCUUCCAAAGUCUCAGCCUUGUACCUUAUCAGGGCAAAGCAGAGCAAGAAUCUCCACCAGAGAACAAAAACCAGAAACCUGUUAGUUCAGACCUUGUAGAUCCUAACCAACAGAGGAGGCUAGUUACUGAACAGCUGAAAAGUCUGUUCAGGGAGAGAGAGCAACAUGGAGAAAGAUCUCCAGUGCUCCCAAGAAGUCCUAGCUUGGUUGAAAGCGGGGUCCAAAAUGCUACAUGUAUUAAGAACUGGAACGCUAUUGACACAAACCAUCAGGGAAGAAAAACACAGAAACUGGAGCAAGAACUCCAGCAGGGGGCAGCAAAGGGGUCUUCAUCCCAGAUUUUAGUCUCUCAGGGGGGAUCUGAGAGAGGGGAGGAGCAGAAACAGUCAACCAACCAGAAGCACCUCAGCAAGAUGGUCCAGCUAAAGUAACAUCUCCUUAUCCAAACUUUCCCCUGGGCUGCAAGGAUGGAACAUUCCUAGCAAGGCAGGUUGAGGUUUGUGACUCGGAUACAGAAUAAUCCAUUUGAGGAGAAGGAAAGGGGAGCAAACUGCUGGAGUGAUAAUACAUUGCAAAGAUUACUGCACUGACAACUUUAUCUAAAUGUGGUUUGGAGUUGUUGUGAGGUACAUUUAAAAUUUGAUGCAAAAAAACAAUGAUUUCACUUUUUUCAAUACUCAUUUUUAUUGUUUUAAAUGGUAGUUGUAGGCUGUUUUCUAAAGACAUUGUUCAGAGAUAUUAGAUUUCACUGAUAUAUGAAUCUAUACAACAGUAACAUAAUAAAAAUAUAAUUUAGUCCUAAAUAUGAUUUAAAGAUAUUCAUUUCUAAAACAAUAAUAAAAAGUCUUCCAACAUAGGGUAAAGGUCAUUAAUGUCUGUCUGUCUGUCCAUGGUUGGGUCAGACUUGAGGUCAUCAUGUCAGCUUUUCAUUUUUGCACUUAUGGUUGAAUAUAACAUGAUCCAGUAUGAUUCGUGCUGCACAUCAAAACCUGUGUUAAUGUGUAGUCAUAGAACAUGUGACGUGCCUUGAGAUUACAUUGUGUUGUCUAUGGGGAUAAAUGCUAUACAAGUGACCUCAUGGUCAUGAACUCCCAUUGCUGAGGUUUGAGCAGAUCUGUAAUAAAAAGGAUCGGACUGUCGUCUGAAGGAUUGAAAAGAGAGGGGGGGAUUAAACUACAAUGUCAUUAAAAUAGGCUGAUCUCCUGUGGAUCUUGAAUCCUGUAAGACAAGCAUUUAAUCCUGAACAUUAAA